GCUGGUAGUCCCGCGAUGCGUCACAAGUUGCGGUUAAGUUAUCCGCCUUCCGCUGCUCUUUCUCCCCCAUUCCAUCUCCUCAUCUCAGCUACUCUCAGUCUUUGCUUCGCCCCCUCUUCGCUCUUCCUCUUCCGGUCUAUAUUGAGCAUGACUUCCGUUCUAGGCGUCGGUUCCAUCUCUUCCAUUACACUGUCCAAUCGUAGCCCACACCGUCACCUCUCGCCGGCCGUCCGCGCAUCUCCAUCGUUCUUCUCGCACCACGACAACAAAAUCUAUGGGCGGAGGAAACUGACUGUGAAAGCGGCGGAGACGGAUGCCAAUGAAGCAGUUAAAGCUGGGGCGCCCGAGAAGGCGCCAGCGAGCAGCGACGCGGGAGGUUCGAGUUUCAAUCAGCUUCUCGGUAUCAAGGGUGCAGCACAAGAGACGAAUAAAUGGAAGAUACGUCUUCAACUUACAAAACCAGUCACUUGGCCUCCGUUAGUGUGGGGAGUGGUUUGCGGAGCUGCUGCUUCUGGAAAUUUUCACUGGAAUAUUGAAGAUGUAUCUAAAGCUAUUGUCUGUAUGAUGAUGUCUGGACCAUGUCUAACUGGAUAUACACAGACACUUAAUGACUGGUAUGACAGAGAAAUCGAUGCAAUUAAUGAGCCGUAUCGUCCUAUUCCUUCAGGAGCUAUAUCUGAGGGCGAGGUUAUAACCCAAAUCUGGUUGCUGCUUCUAGGUGGCCUUGGAUUGGCAGGCUUAUUAGAUGUGUGGGCAGGGCACAAGUCUCCAGUCAUAUUUUAUCUAGCUCUGGGUGGAUCCCUUCUUUCUUAUAUAUAUUCAGCUCCACCCCUUAAGCUCAAGCAGAAUGGGUGGAUCGGAAAUUUUGCUUUAGGGGCAAGCUACAUUAGUUUGCCAUGGUGGGCUGGUCAAGCUCUCUUUGGAACUCUUAAUCCUGAUAUAAUUGUUUUGACACUCCUGUACAGCAUAGCUGGGCUAGGAAUUGCAAUAGUAAAUGAUUUUAAAAGCAUUGAAGGAGACAGGGCUUUGGGACUUCAGUCACUUCCAGUUGCUUUUGGUAUUGAUACUGCCAAGUGGAUUUGUGUGGGUGCUAUUGACAUAACACAGUUAUCAGUAGCAGGUUACCUGCUUGGUGCUGAUAAACCAUUCUAUGCCUUAGCCCUGCUUGGACUGAUCCUUCCCCAAGUAUAUUUUCAGUUUCAAUACUUCUUGAAAGACCCUGUUAAGAAUGAUGUCAAAUACCAGGCUAGCGCUCAGCCCUUCCUCAUUCUGGGUCUGUUGGUAACAGCCUUGGCUAUCAGCCACUGAUCCCGGCAUCCUCAUACAGUAGUUUGCAAUCUCAACUUAGUUUUCUUCACGAGAUUCCUGCUCCAUAGACUAGCACAUGAACAUUUCUAUGCCCUUCAUGAGCCAAAUCGAGAUCAGCUAUUUGUGAAACCAUGUCGAACAUAGCAGGUCUUUGGUAGAUUAUGCAUGUUGUACGAGGAGAUGCUCUAAAUGUCGAGAUUCCCCUGAUCGGUCCUUUUAUUUUCCUCAAAGCUGUUAGAUGAUACUUGAAUGGUUGUAUCCCUUUUGCAGGUAUUAUUUACUCUUCCCAUGCCAAGAUCAUUAACA